AUGUCCAUGUCGGAUGAGACAUGGAGAAAACUGAAGAGUGCUGGGACAAUACCCAAAAGACAGGCUGCAUGUCAAGGUGACGUGAGGCAGGCAUCAAAGAGAAGAUCAGCAAGACUGCCUGCUAUGCCUGUGCCUGUUACGCCAGUGUUGAAGCCUAAAAGAACAUCAAAUCCAAGGAAAAUAAUAAUAACUGAUAUGAUGGGGAAAACCACAGAUACAAGUACCAAAACAAUAACUGAAACCAAGCAAGUAGAGUUUGUUAAAGAAAAAUACAAUGAAAAUGCUGCAAAUGGAGAAGCCAAAAUUAUAGAGGCAUCAGCUCCUGAAAAAGAACCUGAGGAAAUAAAAGAAAUAAUUGAAUAAAUAGCCAUUGAAGAAGAGAGAGAAGAAAAUAGAGAAGCAGUGGCAGCAAGAAGAAAAAAUAAAAAGGAAUAUCAGAAAGAAGGAAAGAAUCAAAACAAGAAAGAAGAGAAAGGAGAAGAUGGAAAGGAGGAUGAAGACAGAAAAAAGAAAGAGGGAGAUGAAAAAGAGAAAGAAUACCAAAAAGAAAACAGAGAUGAAAAAGAGGGUGAAGAUAGAAAGGUGAAAGGCGAACAUGACAAAAAAUAUGAAAAUGAAAAAGAUAAAGGAGAAGAUGAAAAACAGGAAGAAGACAGAAAAGAGAAAUGUAAUGGAAAAGAUGGUGAAGAUGGAAAAGAGGUCAAAGAUGAAUUAUCUUGUUUUCUUGUGUCUCUAAGACUGACCUUUGACAUUUAUUCAAUUGAAUUUUUAAAUGAGUCUUUAUUUGUGCACAUUUUUAAUUCCCAAGGGAUAACCACACAAAUCUGUCAGAAAGGAGCCUUUUUGAAGCUUCUGUGA